AUGGGCCGGAUACAAGCUGGCGUCGCUGUGGGCGUCGUCCUGCUCAGCGGCGUGUACGCGCAGAGUUGCAACACUACCACGCUGCAGGCUUCGACUCCUUCGAGCGGUAAUGUCGUGCUCAAGGACUUCAGCUACUGCGGCGGCACCCUGAACACGAGCGCGUACAUCAACAAUCUCGCCUAUAACAAAAAGGUCACUCUAUACUACACCAAUGCACAAGGACAAGCGACGCCUCUGACUUCGAUUGGCCUUGGCUACGACAGCAGCGUCUCGAGUUCCAACUACGAGCUCUGGACGUCCAGCACACCUGUGUACAUCGACGGCAUCCAGCAACUUCUCAACAUCACCUACGACGUCGUGGACAACAACCAGGUCUACUCGCAGCAAUUGAACCAAACCGUCGUGGCGAGUGGAAAGCCCGCUCCAACUCUACCCUCUCCGCCGAAGCCAUAUGCCACGCCCAAGGGUUUCAGCGAUGAUAUCACAAACUUCCUCGACAACGCCGCCGGCUCGCAAGUCCGCGCGUCCUUCACGAAGAUGUUCAGAAACAUCAACCCGGCCGUGGCAGGAGCUGUCGAUGGUGUGGUGGUCGCAGGCCGGAGUGGUCCAUCUUUCGAGUCGCAUGUCACCGACUACGAAUACGACUGGGUGCGCGAUUCGUCCUUGACGAUGGAAGUCGUCCAGCAGUUGUACGAUGCAUCCAGCAAAGCCGGCGCUACCACUCAAUACCAGAAUGCCCUGUUCAAGUACGCCGCAGCCCGCGCCACCGAGCAGAACGAUCCAAACCUGCAAACCGGUCUCGGUGAGCCAAAGUUCUACCUCAACAACACAAUCUUCGAGAAGCCAUGGGGUCGUCCUCAGAACGAUGGUCCAGCGACCGCUGCCAUCACGCUCAUGGAGUUCGCGGACAGCUACCUGAAGAAAGGCGGCAACACCACCGCAGUGCUGCAGAAGAUCUACGACUCGAUGAACUAUCCCAAGACCGCACCGCUGAAGAAAGAUCUCCUCUUCGUCGCUAGCAACUGGACCAGCUCAUCGUUCGAUCUCUGGGAAGAGGAGAGUUCCGACCACUUCUACACCCGCAUGGUCCAGCGCAAGGCCCUCGUCUUGGGAGCCAAAUUCGCCAAGAGGUUCAACGACAGUCAGACCGCAAGCACGCUGCAGAGCGCCGCGGACGCCAUCUCCAGCACGAUGAGCCAAUUCUGGGACGUAGGUCGCCAAAUUGUGCUUUACGAGUAUGGCCCAGUCCUCCUCGGCAAGUCGAGCUACCUCGAUGCUGCUGUUCCUCUCGGUGUCAUUCAUGGAUAUGCCGGCGACGGUGUGUACAGCUACACGAACGAGCAGCUUCUGAGCACGAUGGUUCGCUAUACCACGAGCUUCAUCAACGUAUACCCGAUCUUCAACAAGACUCAGAAAGACUCGUCUGGUCAGACUCUCGGAGUCCCGAUUGGUCGCUACCCCGAGGACGUCUACAACGGGUCGGCGACUGAGGCCAACGGAGGUAACCCAUGGUACCUCACCACAGCCGCCGUCUCCCAGUACCUCUACGCCGCGUCCGCCGAAUUCACCUCCGCGGGCAAGCUCACCGUAACCAACACCUCCAAGAGCUUCUUCGACUACUUCGCUCCAGACGCAGGCGUGAACAUCGGCCAGACGUACCAGCACAACAGCACGCAGUUCAACUCCGUCAUCGACAGCGUCAACGGCUGGGGCGACGCCUUCAUGCGCACGAUCAAGUACUACACGCCAUCCGACCAGUCGCUGACCGAGGAGUUCGACCGCGACAACGGCACGCCGCAGGGCUGCGCGGACUUGACGUGGUCGUAUGCGAGUAUCUUGACCUCUGCGUUCCAGCGGGCCAAGACGAGGAACAACAAAAAGUUCGUGCAGGGCCUGGCGAAUCUGGGAUACACAGAGAACUCCUAG